AUGAUCAAGCUGAAAAGGAUCAGGGAGUUCCCUGAUCGCCCAUGUGACCGGCUGACAGUGGACGAGGCCGACCGGAUCGACUUUAAUGAAUGCUUGUUGCCGAAGUAUAGCUGGACGCGCGAACUGGCGAAAGGCGAAUACGAAGUGGAAGAGAUUUUAUAA